CCUGCCUGCCUGCCUGCCUUGGCGCACGCAUGAUGUUGCGCAUCUUGGAAUCGAAUCAAAUGACAUCCGACGCUUGUUCGCCGUCGACCAUCAAGCUUCAUAGCGUCACGCCUUGCCUCCCCAGCCAAUCCAUGCUACACCAAAGCAUCAUCAUCACACGCACCACGAUCUGAAGUCUUGCCCAGCCCCCCAAGUCUUUUCACUUUUUUCAACUCCUCACGAUCUCCGUCAUUGCAGCGCAUGUAUGCGCAUGUUUGCGAGAUGGUCAAAGCGCUUGCGACUUGAAGCGCAGCUCCACUCCACCUCGCGCGCUGGCUGGCAGUCUAGGGCCUUUAGUCGCGGUGGUGCGAAACCAGUCACGGCCAGCGGCAAUCAUGUCCUCCUUCCCCUCCCUCACGCAAUCACCUCCACACUGGACAAGGGCAAAGGCAGAGAAAUGGGGUCAGGGUCAGGAGGCGUGGAUGAGCAGAUUCGGAAGCGGAUGCGGAUGCGGAUGCCUGCUCGUCGUCUGGCGCAUAGCCAAGCGACGACGUCCAAGGUGACCCUUGAAGAUCAGCCGCCCGCUGCUGCCCCACCUCGUGCCGACGUCAGCAUGGACGCGCGCACAUCAUCUCUUGAAAGCAGACCUCGCCUUCCUUCUCUUCUCGCAGAAGCUCCAGUCCCAUCGCGUGCCUCGAAGGAGGAGAGGGAAUGGCGCCCGGUAGACAUGCUAUCGCGCUGCCUUAGAGCAGGUUCUGUAGGCUACCCCAAUCCGGACGUCGUGUGGCGCGCGUACAGGGACGCCAUCAACAGCGGAGCAGACAUUGCACCCGGCACCCUCCAUGCUGUGCUGCACGUCGUCGCGCUGCCCUGGAGCGGUGGGAAGGGCAGCGGCAAAGCAAGACUCGCUCCUCCGUCAUCCUCCGUAUUGCGUCCAGGUGCGCACGGCAAUGUGGAUUGGGAGUACAUUGCCUCCACGCUGCAAGCUCGCAUCGUCGGUGACAAGACCAUCAGCGAGCGAUCUGCCCUCAGAGUCAUCGCCGUCCUCUCGGCCAUAGAGCGAGGACUGGCCACAGCGCGCAAAAGGGUCCACGCCAUGGCCAACGGUCUUGAUCGCAGCAGCAGCAGCAGCAACAGCAGCAAUAAGAGCAACGGUAACGGCGACAGCAACAGCAACAGCACAACACCCGUCGCAUCGCAUAACGUGGAUGUCCAUCCCAUCGUCGCGCCUUGGCUGGAGGUGCUCGACGCUCCUCUGACAAGGCAAGUCACGGCGCUGGCGUUUGCGCAUUCUCGCAGGGGCACAAAUACGGAAAGCAUGCGAGUGGGUCUCAAAGCGCUCUUUCCUACUCUCGUACCCGCAGCGCAUCCUGCCACCCAACAGGAAACGCGAUGGCAGGGUCGAUCGGUCGCUUCAGACUUGCGGCAGGAAAGUCGUUCGUGGCGCGACCAAAUCAGCACUGCUUUGGGCUUGAUAGAGGACACUCUGAGCGUGUGGGAUGGAUCGCUCGCUGAAGAGCUGCGCGAAGCAGACCUAUCGUCGGAAGAGCAGCACACAUUGAAAGAGAGAUUGAUUUCCAUCAGUCGACUACGUCUCGAAGUGGAUCUGGACGCGUACACUCAGCCGCCCUCCCACCGCGCGUCGCCGCCGGCGAUGUCGGCCCAGGUGCACGGUCGCGCUGACCGCAUAAAGCACGCUCUGCACCUCCUCGAUGCCAUUGCGACUCGCAGGCAGCCGAACUCGGCUUCAAAGGGAGACGAUAAGUCCCUCUCGCUCGAUCCGCACGAUGCUGCCAGUCUCUUUGCGGCCCUCUGGCCCACUCAGCGCAUCGAUGCGUCCCGCAAAGACGACGUCAUGUCCCUGCUCGGGAUGCAGAUCAAGCUUGCUGCUUUGCGCGCUAGAGCCGUAGCUAGGCUGCGCAGCUGGGAUCGCAGCAUUCUACGCGGAGAUGAUCAGGUGGCUGCGACGUUGGAUGAAGAGGAGCCGUUUGGACCAGUGCGCAAGCUGCUAGGUCAGUUCUCGCGACGAGGCAUCCUCAGCAUUCAUCACGUCAACAGGGUCAUGUAUGCCAGCAUGAGGUACGCCAGCUGGAGGAGAUGGUCGCCGCACUACUUUCCCGCCUCGGGAAACGUCUCGCCUGGUGCGGGCGGCAAGGGCCCACCCAAAUGGUUUCUCGCAGCCGAAAACGACGAGGCUAGGACUCCGCGAGAGAUCGUUUGGCCCACGUGGAAAGAUGUCAAGCAGACGUAUGCCGCGCUGAGGGGCGAAGAGGACAGCUCGAGCAACGAUCUCUUGGAUGGCGAGCGCGUGACCUUGACUCCGAACAGGACGACGUACAGCAUGAUGCUCAACUUGGCCACGUUCAGGGGAGACUUUGAUACGGCUUUGAGCGUGCUCAACGACAUGAGACGCUCAUCUCCACCUGCGCAAUAUUCACGAUCUCAACUUGCCGCGGAGGCAACCGCGGAGGCAGCCGCGGACGCGGAGAGGGUCGCUGAACUUGCAUUGCAUAGCUGCGAAGAGCAGCUCGAAGUGGGCCGUGAGUUCGGAAAGCGGCGCGAUGCGCAGCCGAGCAUGGCAGAGUACCUCGCCUUCUUCAAGGGCUUUGCGAGGCACGGUGUCAAAGUGCCCUCUCCGCCUCGAAAGAGCAGCGAGCAAGAAGAAGAAGAAGAAGGGGAAGAAGAAGAAGAAGGAACGAGGCACAGUAGUACUUUGCCGAUGCCAAGCUUUGCAGCCCGCUCGGACUCGGACUGGACGCUGGAGAAUUUGGAGCUCAUUUUCCACUCCUUUCUCAACAUGAGCCCCGGCAACGCCUACCCUGUCCGUUCGGAUCGAGCGCUGAGAAGACGCAUAAGAGGCGCCGCGUCGUCGUCGUCGUCGACGAGCUCGUUGGAAGCCAGGCAGCAGCAGCAGCAGCAGCAGCAGAGCUCUGCGCAUCAUCAACGCUCUCUAGAGAUCGACGUUGCCGCAGCAAUUCGAAAAGAUCGAGCAUCUCAAGGACCCGCACCUUUCGUUGCGCGCGCACCAGCCGCUUCUCAGCUUCACACCAUCCUCUUGGCUCUGCGCAGAGUUUCCAACGACCCGAGCUGGGUCUUGCAAAGGUGGGAUGCCGUGGUGGAAAAGUUUGGAGGAGAAGAAGCGCAACGGGCACCUUUGACCGCUAGGGACGAAACGUUGCGCGAGCACGUCGUUGAGCAAGAGGAGUGGGUGGGUUGGAGAUUGUCUGGUCGAAGUAAAAUCCUUCUCAAACAGCUGCACGCCGAGGAGCAGCGCCGAUCGAGUCACACGUAGUCUUUUGUAUCGUGGCAAUGCAUAUUUACUUUCACGAUU